UCAGCGCAAGAUGGCGGCGGGCGCGUCGGACCCCCUGGAAGAGAUGCUGCUCUUCUCCGAGGAGGUGGAUGAGAAGGCGCUCAGCGACCUGGUGGGAUCCCUGGAAUCGCAGCUGGCGGGCGGCCGCGGCCCCGCCGAGCCGCCCGCGCCCAGGACCUCCGCCCCGUCCCAGCCGCCGCCGCCGCAGCAGCAGGGGAGCCUGGCGGGGGGCAGCAGCCCCGGCCGGCAGCAGCAGCAGCACGGCCGCCCCGCGUCCCCUCCCGCGCCCGGCCCCGGGGAGGCGGCGGGGCGCCCCGGCACCGCGGGCAGCCGAGCCCCCGCCGCGGGGCCGCCGCCGGCCCCGUCCCCGCCGGCGGCGCUGGCGGCGGCGGGGCGGGCAGCGAGUGUAAACAGUAGUAGUGUGCAGCAAUCACAUGGAGCGGCGCCCGCCGGCGGCAGCCCCGCCGCGCCCGCCCCGCCGCCGCCCGCCGCCCCUGCCCCGCCUGUCAACAACCAUGUGGCUGCCGGCGCCGGGCGGGACGCGGGGAGCCCCGGCCCCGGCCCCAGCCCGCCCGCCGCCGACAGCGCGCCCGGGCCCGCGGCGGGCGGCGGGGCCCCGGCGGGGGGCGGCGGGGCGGGGGGAGCGGCCGAGGGCGCCGCCGCUGCCCCCGCGCCGCGCCCCGGCGAGGCGGCGCCCACCGGGGAGGGCUCGGGGGCCCGCCCGGCCGCGGGGCCGCCCGCCAGCGGGGCCGCCCCGCCGCCCGCAGCGCUGCCCGCGCCCGCCGCCUCCGCCAGCCCCGCGCCCGCCGCGCCGGCCCCCACAGCCCCCGCCGCGCCCAAGCCCGCGGGGCCCGCCAAGCCCGGCGCUGGCGCUGCCCUGCCCGCCGCCCCCCAGCCCGUGUCCCCGCGGCCCGCGCUGGGCGCUGCCCCCCCCCGCAUCGUGGCCCCGCAGCUGAUCGUGCGGCCCCCCCCGCAAACCACCAUCCAGCUGCCGCCCGGCUUCACCAUCCCGCCCGGGAUGGUGCUGGUGCGCACGGACGCGGGACAGCUGGUGAUGGUGCCCCAGCAGGCUCUAGCCCAGGCUCAGAUGCAGGCUCAGGUGCAGACACAGACACAGGGCCCUGCCAACCUGUCACCCAGGCUUUCUGUGCCCACCACUGGCCCUGUUUUUCGCCUGUCAGCGGCUCAGCAGCCGACGCCCGUGGCCACGUCCACCGUCCGCCUGGGCCUCCCGGUGCAGGCCAAGGUGGUGCAGCCGCCGGCUGCGCCCGCCAGCGCCGCUGCCACGCUGCCAGGGGGGGCUGUGCUGGCACACACCACGAUAUCAGUAGCUACGACAAGUGCUCAAAAUUUGUUCAAGACAACAGUAGCAACUGGAACUUCAGCUUCUCAGCAGCCUGCAGUGCUCACUGGUGGACAGAGCCAAGGCCCAGCACAGCCCCAGGGUCAGCCCCGGCUGCCGCUGCCACCUCACACGGCAGCACAAGUGCCAGCACAGCCCCUGGUCAUCCCCAGCUCUCCUGUGCCUGGAACCACCGUUGUGUCCCAGGAAAUGCAAGAGAAUGUGAAAAAAUGCAAAAACUUUUUAGCUACCCUUAUAAAACUUGCUUCUCAUAAUUCACCGUCUCCAGAAACGUCCCGCAAUGUGAAAGCUCUGGUUCAAGAUUUGUUGGAUGCAAAGAUUGAUCCAGAAGAAUUUACAGGCCGCCUUCAAACAGAACUCAAAUCAUCUCCUCAGCCAUAUCUUGUACCUUUCCUUAAGAAAAGUCUACCUGCAUUGAGACAAUCUUUACUGAACAGUCAGCAUUUGGUUUUGCAAGGACAGCCGUCUCAGCAGCCACUUCAACAAAGCAAGCUCUCACAAGUGAUACCUCAGUCUGCCUCGGGAAGCAUCUCCUCUGUUGUCACCACACAGACAAUAGGAAUAAGGCAACCAAACAACAUUUGCACAGUCUCUGUAUCAAAUACAGUGCAGCCUCCUCAGGUUAAGGUGGUACAGUCAAAUCAGAGUUCUCAACUGCAGAUUAUCCAGUCAACAUCUGCUCAAACUGUGAAACGAACCCCUGCUUGCCAGACUACCCAGAUUAGGAUGCCAGUGGUAAUAACUCAGACCAUUAGACCACAAGGCACAGUAGGGAAGGCACCAACAAUACAAGCCAGUAAAAGUCCUGGGGGCUUUGGUGUUCAGGUCUCUGCAAAUCAGAAAAACAAGCUGAAUGACCCUGGAGGUGGUUCUUUCAGAGACGACGAUGACAUCAACGAUGUCGCCUCUAUGGCUGGUGUUAAUCUCAACGAAGAGAGUGCCCGAAUCAUGGCCAGCAACUCGGACUUGGUGGGGAACCAGCUGCAGUCCUGUAAGGAUGAGCCCUUCCUCGCUGCUGUCCCCCUGCACAAACGCAUCCUUGAAACGGCUAAAAAACUAGGAAUCACUGAUGUGCCAGCUGAGGUCGUUACUUUUAUUUCCCAUGCAACACAGAACAGAUUGAGGACAGUGAUAGAAAAGGUGACAGUGAUCACCCAGCACCGGAUGGAAUCAUACAAAGAUGACGAGUGGUAUGAACAAGCUACAGAUGUCCGAGCACAGCUGAAGUUCUUUGAGCAGCUGGAGCGUUUGGAAAAGCAAAGGAAAGAUGAACAAGAGAGGGAAAUCUUGUUAAAGGCUGCCAAGAGUCGCUCAAGGCAAGAAGACCCAGAGCAAGCUAGACUGAAACAAAAAGCAAAGGAGAUGCAGCAACAAGAACUGGCCCAGAUGAGGCAGAGGGAUGCCAAUCUCACGGCACUGGCAGCCAUCGGUCCCCGCAAGAAACGGAAGCUGGAUGCACCUGGACUGCUCUCCAUGGGAGGGGAGGGUCUCGGUGUGUCUGGUGGGAGUCAGGCUGGCCUGGGCACUGCUUCCCCCAGGCAGUAUCCACGGCAGAAAAUAACACGUGUAAACCUCAGGGACUUCAUCUUCUACAUGGAACAGGAACGAGAAAUGAGCCAUUCUCUCCUGCUCUAUCGAGCUCUGCUUAAAUAAAGCCAACAGUUGUACUGAUUGCUCCAUACAGAAGCUCAACUUGCAUUGAAAGCUGUCAUUUUAAUGUGCCUUCUAUUUUUUUCAGAAGUCAACGUUCCAGUAAUUUUGUUUUGUAAAAUUGUCAGACACAUGCAAUAAAUUUCCUUUAUGUAAAAAAAAAAAAAAAAUAUAAAAACCAC